AUUCCUAAUUUUAUAUGUACUUUCGGUUUCGAAUUGGCCGGAUUUUUUGUUUGGAUGAAAAUUCCUAAUUCCUAAUUAUGUAUUAUAGUUUUACCUGUGAUACAAACUGUUUGGAAAUAUUGACCAGCUGAAUGUUGUAAGCUGAAAAGUGGUGCUUCUUUUAUUGAAAGUGAAAUAAGAAUGAGUUCCAACAAUUUUGGACACGGCCCCGGAGGAGGUAGAGGGCCGCCAAUGUCAGGAAACCAAGGAGGCAUGGGUGGAAUGGGCGGUAUGCCUGGAAUGUCAGGAAUGCAGGGACUGUUUUCAGGAACAGAUCAGCUGCCCCCAGAGUAUGCAGGCUUAGCAAACAUGAGUGAAGAAGACAGAAAUGCGGCCUUGGCAGCCUUACUGGGUCCAGAGGGUCUGAAACAAUUACAGCAGCAGCAGCAGCAGAUGGGGCAAGGCAGGGGAAUGGGUGGGCAGGGGAACGUUUUAGGAAUGCAAGGUGGUAUGGAAGGGGGCCAUGGAGGCUUGAAUGUGGCUGGGGGCAUGAGUAGAGGUUUGACAAAUCCCAUGGGUUAUGGGGGCAUGGGUGGGGAUGAGGACUUGACAAAUUCCAUGGGUAUCGGUGGCCAAGGGGGAACAGGGGGAUAUGGGGGCAGCCAGAUACAACAAUACCAGCAGGGGAAUACAACUUUUGGCGGUGGGGGAAGGAUGGACUAUGGAAAUAGAACUCAAGGACCUACAAUGAGUGGAAAUUCUAACUUCAGAGGUGAUAUGGGACCAGGAGGUAGUAUGUAUGGUGGAGGAGGAGGAGGUGGUGAUAAUGGACAACUAUUCACUACUCCUCAAAAUUUCAUAGGACAAGGAGGUGGAUCACAGUAUGGAGAGUCACAGUUACCACCCACUAUGGCAGGAGGCAGAGGAGGGAGUGGAGGGGCUGGAGGUCACAUGGGAGGGAACAGUGGCCAGGGAAGUAACCAAGACCCCUAUCAGCAACUUAUAAGCUACGUCAAAACAACAGCGGAAAGUUGUACAGACCCAAUAGCACAGGGGAUGAACACCAUAUUAAUCCUAGAUACGUCCAGCAGUAUGCAGGGAGAGGGCAUGAAGCAGGCCAGGACUGCCAUAGAGGACAUCCUUACAGGUAUUGAGGAAAAUGUUAUGGACAACGGUCUGGAGGAAAACCUGGCCCUGAUUGUGUUUGGGAGGGAGUCCAAGGUGGUCCAGCAUCUGACCGAUGACUACGCCAAGUUCAGGGAUGCCUUAGAUCUCUUGCAUCCAGAAGGACCCUCCGCAAUUGUGGACGCUCUAGUGAUGACCCUUGGGUUGUUAGACAGAGGUGGCCAUAUAGAUGUGGGCGGCCAUGUUGCUAACUCACGUAUAAUCAUCCUGUCUGAUGCACAGUUUACAACAAAUGACCCCUCUACAUCCUUCACUGAUGUCCUUGACCCCAGACAUGCUGAACAGAUGGCUAAUGAGGUGUCCCAUCUAGCGAAUCAAGUGACUAGUUCAUCAGGAUACCAACUGUUCUUUAUACCUGUUGGCAAUGCCAAUAGUAUCAUUAUAGACGCUGUGAUUGGAGUGACAAAUGGACAAACAUGUUCUCCUGGUGAUGCUAAGUCGCUGAGCAAAGGAUACCUACAUCAUGUGAUUGCAGGAUGCGUUUUAACACAGUCACCAGGCAUGGUGCCAGAUCAAACCAUGGUAGCGGCAAUAGCUAAAGAAAAAUACAGUGGGGUAGAGGAUAAAGAUAUUGAAGCUGUGAUGGGACUAAUAUUGAAGCACCAGAAUCCACAGAGCCAAGGCAAGGGUAGGGGUCAGGGAAUGGGCCGGGGUCAGAUGAUGGGACAGAUGCCGGUAAUGGGUCGUGGUCAGGGAAUGAUGCCCACACAGCUACCUAGUCAUGGAGGUCCCCCAGGCAGCCUUCCAGCAGGCCUAUUUAAUGACCCAGGUUCCUCUAGCACACAAGUGAAACCAACUACAACCCUUCCAGGAAACCAUGACCAAUUGCCAUUCAUGUCAAAACAAUCUCCGUACAAUACAUCACCUGAAUUUUCUGGCCUAGAUAAGAUGGGAAAACACUUACCAAGUGGGACUGGUGGUUCCGACUAUAACCAAUUACCAAUGAAGACUGCAGAAACUGAAGGUACAGAAUUACUGCUGGACCUUAACAGCAAGCUCCCGCCUGGUCUUCCUAGUGCUUUAAUAGGAGGGGAGGGUGCAAGAAGAGCUCCUCAGGAGAGAACUCCCGCAGUCAUUACAGCUGAAGUUAUGAAGACAAUGAAAAUCCCACCGGAGCUGGAGGAGACUAGAAAGCGGACAUGGACACUUUCUGAGGAUAUCCUUGAGGAGAUGAAGAGGGAUAUGGUAGCUGGAAAAGAUGAUCCAAAGCCUUGGGAUUCUCCGUGUCUUCAAGAAUUUCUGCUGAUCAGGAAAGACGGGACCAAGAUUGAGCAGGAUGGUGAUGGAAACAUUUUAGGUGACGAUGAGGAGGCUGUAAUACGACGGGAAGAGAAAGCAAAACAGAAAUUAUUGUUCGAGGAAUUGAAAAAAGCUUGUGAGGGUCAUCCUGAACUACCAACCCUGUUAUCUUUGGAUGAGGAUGACAUCGGAGACUUGACAGAGGAAAGGGUCAAUGAGCUAUUGGACGAUUUUGGGGGAGGUCCACCAAAGAUUGAGAACCUUCCCAUCAUGCCUGUUAUUGGAUUGAGAGUGAAGCCUGGUCCAGACUGGAUGUGGAAAUUCAACGGCGUUGGUAUCUUUGAGAAGGGCACAGUCAUCGGUAUUGAUGAGGAAGAUAAAGGGUGGAUUCGUGUUAAGUGGGAUGAACACAACGGCUUGGUGGAGGACUAUCGCUGGGGGCUGGACUACGAAUUUGAUGUGGAGCCUAUCGAAGGGGGCAUGGAGGCUGUCUUAUGGCCAGAGGGCAAAGUGAGAAUAAUUAAAACCACAAAGGAUAUUGCAAAUGAGUUUGGACCAAAACAAGUGAAAGAAAAGCUCAGAGCAUUGGCAAAGGCCAGAAGGGAAGAAAGACGUAGGGCUGAAACAUCUGGUGCUUCGUCUAUCAAACCAACGUAUAACCCUCCUUCUAACCCUCAGAAUGUGAAUGAUCUCAACCUGCAGAACAAUGCACGCAACAUACAGGCAGGCUCCCAGCAAACAACAACCGCCACCGUACUCCCAGAAAGGGUUCCCAAGGCAACAUCCACAGCAACGUCCACAACAACUGUAACUACGGCAACAACUUCUCAGAAAACAGCAGCCACAACUAAAGAGAGUUCCAAAGACAAUGGGCCUUCACAAAUAGACAGACCUGCAGCUGUUGAAAAAUCAAAUGGGACUUGCUUUGUAUGGCAGUAUAAUGAACAAGGAACCUGGAAGAAUUACCAACUAGACAUACAGAAACAACUGGAGGAGACCUACCUCAAACGCAAAGAGAAGGGCACUGUCAUUGUCCAGAUUGAUGGACAGUUUGAACGGGUUGUAUUCCAAUGUAUGGAACAAAGAAACAAUGUCAACAAAAAGAAAAUAAAGAAAGUCCGUCGAACCGUUACAGUGGCUGAUGCAGAGAGUCUUCGGUAGCUCCAGGAAAUGUGGGCCAAAUAAUGUACCAGCAUUCCAUGUUAAGACACCAAACAGAAUAUACAGAAGUGUGACUAUCUAUCUCUAUGUCCCAAACUGGAAUUGUAUAAGAAUAGUUUGGAUGAUAUAGACUUUCAUUAUUUCCAAUCCUGCUUGCUGAAUCAUUCUUUACAAAACUUGUAUAACUCCAAAGAAGACAGCAAUAACUGGAAUCUUCUCCAUUGAGAAUUAAUGUUUAAAUGUUUUUUCAUGGCGGAUAGCACGGCACUAAGCAAUUUUAGAUUAACCUAUUUGAAAGCAAUUUAUAAAAGUUUAAAGCAAGGGGAAGGAAAAAAUAGCAUUUGAUUGACUUUACAACACUGUUUCAAACAACGUUAGAUAGAUCUACUGUUGUGAACAAAAAAUGUCCUUUCCAUUGGUUAGAUCAUGACGCUUAAUUAAUUAACAUGAAGUUGUAAAUAUAGUUACCUAUGUAUUGGAAACAUUUGUCAAUAUGGCCUUCAUCCUUUGGACCGACAUACUCUUUAUAAGUGUCACUACAGAUUUCUACCUUGGGAAUCGUUUUUAGCUCGCCUAUUCGAAGAAUAGGGGGGCUAAUGUAGUCACCCGGCAUCAGCGUCCGGGAACCUUCAGAGGUUUAAGUUUUUUCCAAACAGUGUUGGAUCAUCACACACAAUAUACAGUUGUCUAUUAUGAGUUAAGGUGAUUAAUAUCGAGUGUAAGCAAUGUG